ACAUUGUGUGCACCAUCGCCCCGUUCAUCGCAUGUCCUGCCGACUGGCGCUGCACUGGUCUGAUCUGUGCCAGCCCAACCGCCAACUGCUUUGGCUACCUCUGCCGCUAGUCGCCAUUCACUCUGCUUGCCUGCUGCAUGCCUGCUCGCUUCGCUGCAGUGCUGCUUCGUUUGGCUUCAGUGCUGCUUGA